AUGACUUCAUCAAGUAGAUUAACAAGUCAUGGUACAAUUAAAUUACCAACUAUUACUAAUGAACCAAUGAAAACCUAUGCUAAAGGAUCAUCCGAGAGAGUUGGAUUAUUGGCUGAAUGUGAUAAGAUUUUAAAGAGUCAGCCACUUGAAAUUCCUUGCAUUGUUAAUGGAGAACGUAUUUACCAAUCUAAUCAAGAUUUAAUAUUUAGCAGAGAAAUGCCUUCCCUCCGUAGUCAUACCCUCUAUCAUAUGCACGGAGCUGAUAAGCAAGUUAUCCAACAUGCUAUUGAAGGUUCUCUUUCUGCUAAAAAGGAAUGGGAAGAUAUGCCUCUUGAAUACAAGUGUGCAAUUUUCUUAAAGGCAGCCGAUUUACUUUCAAGCCCAGAUUUUUAUAGAUACAAGAUUAAUGCUGCAACCAUGAUGGGUCAAGGUAAAACCAUGUACCAAUCUGAAAUUGAUAGCAGUGCAGAGUUGAUAGAUUUUUUGAGAUUUAAUGCUUAUUAUGCAUCACAACUUUUCGGAAAGCAAAUUGACCAUCACAGUGCAGGAACAUGGAAUCGUGUUGAAUAUCGUGCACUUGAAGGUUUUGUUGCUGCAGUUUCACCAUUCAAUUUUACUGCUAUUGGUGGUAAUUUGGCUUGUGCUCCUGCUCAAAUGGGUAAUGUUAUUUUGUGGAAACCAAGUGAAACUGCCUUGUUGAGUAAUUAUUUAUUAUAUUUGGCUUUGGAAGAAGCUGGUUUACCAAAGGGUGUUAUUCAAUUUGUUCCAACCAAGGUUCCAUCUCAUUUUGGUGAUGUUGUUUUGAAUGAUACUAAUUUUGCUGGUCUUCACUUUACAGGAAGUACCAAGACAUUCCAAUACUUGUACAAUGAAAUUUCUACUAAUCUUCCAAAAUAUAAGAGUAUUCCUAGAAUUGUUGGUGAAACUGGUGGUAAGAAUUUCCACUUGAUGCAUCCAAACUGUGAUGUCGAUAACUUUAUUAAUCAAACUAUUCGUGGUGCUUUUGAAUACAGUGGUCAAAAGUGUAGUGCUACCUCAAGAUGUUAUAUUCCAAAAUCUAAAUAUGCUACCAUCAGAGAUAGAUUAGUUGAAGAAACUAAGAAGCUUAAGAUUGGUCAACCAAAUGAUCCUACCUCAUUUACUAGUGCUGUUAUUGAUGAAAGAUCAUUUGAUAGAAUUUCUGGAUUUAUCGAAAGAGCCAGAAAGAAUCCAUCAUGUAAGAUUAUUGCUGGAGGAAAUUGUAGUAAGGAAGUUGGUUACUUUGUUGAACCAACAAUUAUUGAAACAACUGAUCCUAACUCUGAAACUAUGGAACAAGAAGUCUUUGGUCCAGUUUUAACUAUUUAUGCUUAUGACGAUUCUCAACAAACAUACCUCGAUCAAACUCUCAAGUUAAUUGACUCAACUUCAGCUUAUGGUUUGACUGGUGCCAUCUUUGCUCGUGAUCGUGCUGAUAUUUCCAAAUGUGUUGAAAGAUUAAGACAUAGUGCUGGUAACUUUUAUAUUAACGAUAAGAGUACAGGUGCAAUUGUUGGUCAACAACCUUUCGGUGGUAGUCGUACUUCUGGUACAAAUGAUAAGGCUGGUUCUGAGUAUAUGCUUUUGAGAUGGACUAGUGUUCGUGCUGUUAAGGAAACAUUUAUGCCACUCAAACACUGGGGUUAUCCAUCAGUCGAUAUGGAAUAA